ACUUUUACUCUACGGCAUCGUCGGCCCUGCUCCUUAGUACCCGACUGCCACCGCAUUCAUCUUUCUACUCCUCCUUUAAGCCAAUGCUUCCCACUGAGAUAAUCGCGAAGAUACCAUCCAGCUUCGACAAUGCGGUGAACUCGGGAGAUCUCCUGUUCUUCCCAUCCACCAUCCAUAAACACCCAGAGGGAGGUGUGGAGUACGAGAUCCGCUUGUGUCCUGCUCUGCAGAAGAAACCACAGCUUCCAUCGCCCGACUUCCAUACCGCAGAUUCGAUCCCCAAUGAUUCGGACGAGUGCCCUGAUCCAUUCAAACCACCGUAUAAUCCUAAUCUAUUUGUUGGUUAUCUGAGAAAUGAGGAUCAAGAGGAGGAGUACGUUGUGUUGAUGAACAAAUAUUCUAUACUUCCGGGCCACUUCUUACUAGUCACUAAAGAAUUCAAGCCCCAGACCUUGCCCCUCGUUCCGGAUGAUCUCGUACAAGCGUACGCGCUUCUUACGGCAGCAUAUAAAACGCGACAGAAUAUGUUCGCAUUUUACAACUGUGGAAACCUGAGCGGUGCCAGUCAACCUCACAAACAUAUUCAGAUCAUCGCCAUCGAGAAUGAAGAUGGUCCUCCGAUCGAAGCUUUAGCAAGAGCCGUGACACUGGAGGCGCCAGACAAGCCCUUCUCUUUGACAUCAUUACCCUAUGCGAACCACGUCUUCCGCUUUCCUCAACGUUUUUCGUCCAUGCCCAGGGAUAAGAUCGAGCAUGUAUUGUCUUCAGCGUUCCUUUCGCUCCUAGAUCUAGCGAUUUCCACCAUCAGACAUGCGCCCGAUUAUCCUGCUGGGAAGCCCUCCUACAAUGUGAUUAUUACCCUGGAACAUCUGCAUGUUAUACCCCGACGAGAAGAGAACUUUGUGCUUCAAGAAACUGGCGAUAAACUGAGCGUCAACGCCCUUGGUUACGCCGGGAUGCUUUUGGUGAAGAGUGAGAGAGAAUUGGAAGCGGUGAAGAGCGAAGGGGCUGGGAAGAUUCUCAGAGGGGUUGGACUAGAAAGUGUUCAUGAUCUUCAAGUUGCAGGCACUUCACUAGAACCAGGAGAUGCCGGUACACAUCUCUGAUACCUCUAUCGCGCUUAGGGCGCUGCUAGAUAUAUUUUCCGCGAACGUAGUAACUAAAGACUUCUGUAUAUAGUACAUCUUCCGGAGGCGAAUGACCAUUGUUUGCUUUAGAUCACUC